GCCUCUGUACUAAGAGUUUGCCCUCUAAUCCAGCUUACGACUAGCAGAAGCACUCUCCCCUACCGCUGUGUCCUUGGACAGAGGAGGCUGUGCACAAAUCCUUUGCUCCCAAAUGUGCGGCUGUGGUUGAAAAUAUUUGGAGGUUUUGCUUCGGUUUGGUUGGAGUUGUUUUUGUCGAUCUUUGACCUGGUUUCAGUUCUCCAAGGCCAAGACAAUGGCUUUCUUUGUGAAAAGUAUGAUAAGUAACCAGGUAAAGAAUUUAGGAUUUGGAGGUGCGUCUGAAGAAACGAAAGAAGAAGGAGGCACCUCAGACCCCGCGGCAGCUAAAGGGAUGACUAGAGAGGAAUACGAAGAAUAUCAGAAGCAGAUGAUUGAAGAGAAGAUGGAGAGAGAUGCUGCAUUUACUCAGAAAAAGGCAGAGAGGGCAUGCCUACGAGUCCACCUCAGGGACAAAUACAGGCUUCCAAAGAGUGAAAUGGACGAGACACAAAUCCAAUUGGCUGGGGAUGAUGUGGAUUUGCCAGAAGAUCUCCGAAAGAUGGUAGACGAAGACCAAGAUGAGGAAGAGGAGAAGGAUUCUAUCCUCGGGCAGUUGCAGAACCUCCAGAACAUGGACUUGGACACCAUUAAAGAAAAGGCACAAGCCACCUUCACGGAAAUCAAACAGUCCGCAGAACAGAAAUGUUCUGUGAUGUGAGUGAGAGGUGGCAGGCCAGGUGGAGGGAGAGAGGCAGGCUGCCUGCAGGAAGACAGGGAUCCUGGGGGUGGGGACCACCAGCAUGCAUUAUAACUUAGCACAUGUAUUUAGGGAAGCGGCCAUGAUGAUGAAGCUGUCUACUGGCAUGUACACAGCAAUUUGGUCAACCUCGAUGUCCCAGGCACGGCACUAACUGGGCCCUCACAGCACAGAUGUGUUUCCCUUUAGUUAUAGCCACGAGUAACUAAGAAAUAUCAGUCAUAAAUCAUGGUGUGAGGCCAUCUGCUUAAAGAUCUUUAGGACAGCCAGGAGGAGCCAAACAAAAGCAAGUGGCAUUUCCUCUCUGACUUUCUUCCUUAGCGAGCAGAGUCUCACGAUGUCCAACCAUCAGCAUGGUACCAGUUACCUCCAGAGAAAAGGCUGCUCACAUGGUCCCCAGACUACAGGUGACGGAGCCAUCAGAUACACCACACUGCUUUUUACUUCCAGCAUCUUUGAUAUCCAUGAUUUAAAAAAAAAAAUUGUCUCUCAGACACUGUGCAAGCCAUUUUGUGUUUCUGCGACCAAAUAUCUGAUAUACGCAUCAUAAAUGGAAGAAAGACUUGCUCGGGGUCAUGGUUCAGAAGAUCCAGUCCAUGGUUGCUUGGCUGUGUGGGACUGGGCAGAACACCAUGGCAGGAAGGAUAGAGAACGGAGUGACCUCCAGGAACAAGAAAUGCAGUGAUCUACAUCCUUAAGCUAGGUCCUACCUCUUAAGGUUUUCAGAACCUUAAAAUAAAAAAAAAUAAAAUAAAUCACUAAAUGGACACUUCAUGUUGACAACCCCAAAUUUCCCAAUGCUAUUUGUCACUGUCCCAGUGAAGACUGCCAGCUGCCACAAGCCCCCAACACGUGAUCCUUUGAAGGGAACAUUCCCUAUCCAAGCUACUGCAGACAUGAUUCAGCUAAGUGGCGGUGGUACUCAGGGAUGUGGCCAAAGA